UGAAGGUUUACAGGAACAUGUUAUUGGACCUUGACUAGAUAUUUACUCAUCCUCCAGUGACACCAAGUGACCAAAUUGUUUGGAUUUGUAGUUUUUUAUUGCGUUCAUCAACAUGGCUGAGUCUGGUUUCCCUUUACCACCUGAUACGUUCUGUCCACUGUGUGUGGAUGUGAUGAGGGACCCGGUCACCAUCCCCUGUGGUGACACCUACUGCUUGGAGUGCAUCAAGAUCUACUGGGACCAGUUUGACCACAUGGGUGUCUACUCCUGCCCACAGUGCCGUGCCACCUUCACCCCACGGCCGGUGCUCAGACGCAACCUCCCAGAUGUCAACCACGAGCCGAGGCGCCAGCUUCCGGAGCUCACUCCAUUUCCAUACAUGCACCGAGAAUCCUUCUGCGAUUUUUGUGUCGGCCGUCGCCAAAAGGCUGUCAAGUCAUGUCUCAUGUGCCUGGCCUACUACUGCGAAACGCACGUCAAGCCACAUUAUGAGUCGUCCACGUUUAAGAGGCACAAGCUGGUGGAUGAGACAGGACACCUGGACAGGAAGAUCUGCCCUCAGCACGAAAAAGGCCUGGAGUUGUUCUGUCGCUCAGACCAGAUGUGUAUCUGUGUGUUGUGUACGGUCAGAGAACACCGCAGCCACAACAUCACCUCAGCAGAAGAAGAACGCAUUGAGAAACAGAAAGUCCUGGUGGUGACCCAGUCUGAGGUCCAGCACAUUAUCCAGGAGAGGAUGAAGGAGCUGCAGGAACUCAAGCACAAUGUGGAUGUUCUCAAAAGCUGUGCCCAAAGAGCGCAGGCAGAAAGUGAUAAGACAUUCCAUGAAAUGCUCCAGGCGGUGGAGCGCUGGAAGGCUGAAAUCCAUCAGAUGAUAACGGCCAACAUGCAGGCAGCGAUGUCACAGGCCGAGGGCUACGUGGACCGACUGGAGCAGGAGAUACUGGAGCUACAGCGCAGAGAUGCUGAGCUGAGGCAGAUCCUUGAAACAGAGGACAACAUUCACUUUCUACAGAAUUUUCCAACCCUUUGUGUUCCUCCUGAGGCCAUGGUGCCCAAAGUUCUCAUCAACCCUCAGUUCUCCUUUGGUGAGAUGAGCAAGACAGCCACAGAGAUGAAGGAACAUCUGGAUGACAUCUGUAAGAAGGAACUGAGCAAGAUCUCCAAAACAGUGAGUGAAACCCCCGUCUACAUACUCCUGCCAAGAAAUGGAGACAAACGGCUGAAAGUUCCUUCCAGAGUUGACUUUCAGGAGCCAAAAACCAGAACAGACUUCUUGAGAUACUCCUGCAAGAUGUCCUUUGAUCCAAACACCGUCUACAAAGAGCUGGUUCUGUCCGACGGGAACCAGAGGGUCACCCGGAAGAAAACCGUCCAGUUUUACCCGGACCAUCCAGACCGCUUUGAUGGCUUUUCCCAGGUCCUGUGCAAGGAGCCUCUGACCGGUUUCAGGUUUUACUGGGAGGCCGAGUGGAGCGGGGAGUUCUCCGCUGGGGUGGCCUACAGGAGCAUCAGUCGAAAGGGGAAGAACUCCCACAGUCUGCUGGGCUACAACGACAAGUCAUGGAGUCUGCUGUGCUCAGACUCGGGCUACUCUGCCUGGCACAACAAAACAGAUCGUGACCUUCCUGAUGCUCCCAGGGCUUCACGGGUUGGUGUGUACCUGGACUAUGCAGGCAACACGUUGGCGUUUUACUCAGUGUCAGACACCAUGGAGCUUAUUCACAGAUUCAAAGCCCAGUUUAGUGAACCUUUGUUUGCUGGGUUUGGUGUGGGCUCCUCUGUUUCCCUUUGCCAGCUGAAGAAUCCUUUAUCAAACUAGCAUUAACACAUAGGGAUACUGGCAGAGGUAGCACCAGUAGCA